AUGGGGGGACCUGGUGGAAUGUGUGACUGCAACGGGAUGUCCAGGCAGUGCAUCUUUGACUGGCAGCUCCUGCGGGACACGGGGAACGGCUUCCGCUGCCUGGGCUGCCAGGGCCACACGGAGGGUGUGCGCUGUGAGCGCUGCCAGCAGGGCUUCUACCGACAGCACGGGGGGCUCUGCUGCCUGCCCUGCCUCUGCCACCCCUGGGGUUCCCUUGGCCCACAGUGUGACAGCGAUGGCCGGUGCAGCUGCAAGCCUGGAGUGAUGGGGGACAAGUGUGACCAGUGCCAGCCGGGCUUUGAGUCCCUGUCCGAGGCAGGCUGCAGGAGGAGCGGGCAGAGCCUGCAGUGUGAGUGUGACCCGGCGGGCAGCGUGGGCGGCUGUCACUCCGACCACUGUGUCUGCAAGGAGAGCGUCACUGGGGAGCUCUGCCAGAGGUGCAAGCGACAUUUCUACAACCUGGAUGCCAGGAACCCUGCAGGCUGCUCCCCCUGUUUCUGCUACGGGCACUCGGACACGUGUGUCAGUGCGGACACCCACAGCGUCCACAACAUCACCUCCACCUUCCAGCAAGGUGCUGAGGGCUGGCGAGGGGUCCAUGAGAGCGGCUCCCCAGCCCAGCUCCAGUGGUCCCCACGCCACCAGGAUGCCUUCAUAGCUGCAAGGACAUCAGAGCCAAUAUACUUCAUGGCACCUGCAAAAUUCCUUGGGAACCAGCAGCUGAGCUAUGGUCAGACGCUCUCCUUUGGUUACCGCCUGGACCGAGGGGGCCAGCAGCCAUCCCCACACGAUGUGGUCCUGGAGGGACACGGCCUGAGAGUCACUGCCCCCUUCCUGCCCCAGGGAGAGGUCCUGCCCUGCGGUGUUAGCCACGUGUACACGUUCAGGCUGGACGAGCACCCCAGCAGCAAGUGGAGCCCGAGGCUGAAUCACUUUGAAUUUCGCAGGCUGCUGGGAAACCUGACAGCCCUCUGGAUCCGAGCCACCUUUGGGGAGUACAUGGAAUGUGCCCCCUGUGCUGGCUGUGGGGCCGGGCGGGUGGAGCCGCUGUCCCCACGGAGCUGUGCCCCUGGAUACCGCAGAGACAGCCCCAGCCAGGGACCCUUCAGCUCCUGCGUGCCCUGCAACUGCCAGGGGGGAGGAACCUGUGACCCUGACACCGGUGAAUGUUACUCAGGAGAUGAACACGUGGGCAAUGGUGCCAGCUGCCCCUUUGGCUCCUACCGAGACCCCCAGCAGCCCCACAGCUGCAGGCCCUGCCCCUGUGGGCCCGGCCAGGGCUGCUCCGUGGGGCUGGGUGGUGAGGAGAUCAUCUGUGACCACUGCCCUCCUGGAGCUACUGGUGCCAAUUGUGAGUACUGUGCUGAUGGCUACUUUGGGGACCCAGCAGCUUCCCAGCCCUGCCAGCCGUGCCGCUGCAAUGGCAACGUGGAGCCCAACGCCGUGGGCAACUGCGACCGCCAGACCGGAGAGUGCCUCAAGUGCCUCCACAACACCGCUGGCUUCUACUGUGACCACUGCAAGGAUGGCUUCUUUGGGAACCCCCUGGCCCCUGACCCUGCUCACAAGUGCAGAGCCUGUGACUGUGACUCGGUUGGUGCCGAGCCCCUGAAGUGCAGGAGUGACGGGAGCUGCAUCUGCAAACCUGGCUUUGAGGGUCCCCGCUGUGAAGAGAGUGAGUGCCCAGCUUGCUAUGGCCAGGUGAAAGAGCAGGUGGAGCUGUACCUGCAGCAGCUGGCACAGCUGGAGCUGCUCCUGUCAGAGGUGCGAGCUGGAGGUGGGACCAACCAGGAGCUGGAGGGGAGGAUGCUGGUGGCUGAGGAGAUGCUGAGGACCAUCCUUAGGGAAACCCUGAGCCUUCAAGCCUCCGACAGGUCUCUGGAAGGCCGUGUGGUCAGAAUGAAGGGACAGGGGUCCAGCUCCCAGAGCCGCUUGGAUGAGGUCAAGGCAACAGUGGAGAGCCUGAGGUCUCUGGGCAGGCAGUAUGAGAGGCAGGUGCAGGAGACACGGCAGCUGCUGGAGAGAGCCAGGCUGGACCUGGAUCGCAGCGGCGCCGCUCUCCUUCGGGUGACCAUUCCUGCUUCAAGCUUUCCCGGGGGUUCCAGUCAGUUCUUGCUGCUGGCCCAGGAGGCUCUGAGACUGGCCAACAGGCACACUCAGGCAGCCAAUGCCAUUGACCAGGCUGCCAGGGCUGCACGGGAGGAUGCACGGCAGGCGCUGGAGCUGCUGCGCGCGGCCGCCGGCGGAGAGGGCACCGAGGGCUCCCUGCCAGGGCUGCCCAGGAGGUAUGAGGAGCUCAAGUCACUGGUUGGAGGCCUGAAGGCUGAUGCUGAUGGAAUGGCCUCCAAGGCAGACACGGCUUAUCAGGGCAGCCUGGUGCUCCUCAGCUCCCUGUCCCGCCUGGCAGAGAUGGACAUCACCUCCUUUCAGGAGGAAGCCUCGAGGCUGAAGCAGGACUCGGGUGCCCUGCUGGCCCUGGUGGACACGUCCCUGUCGCAGUACCGGGGCCUGCGGGGCCGCGUGGGGCAGUGGGAGCAGGAGGCCAAAGAGCUGCUGCAGGGGCAGGAGGGCCACAGAGCGAAGCUGACACAGCUGCUGUCCCGAGCCACCCUUGCCAGGAGCACAGCCCUGCAAGCCGUGAGCACUGGCAAUGCCACCUUCUACGAGGUGGAACAGAUCCUCAAGAGCCUCAAGGAGUUCAACCUGCAAGCAGAUGACAAGAGGAGGCAAGCCAAAGAUGCCAUGAGGAGGCUGCCCAUUAUCAGCAGCAUGGUCACCACUGCCAGGGAGAAGACAGACCAAGCCAAGGGGAUCGUGGGCAGAGCUGCUUCUGAGUCCAAGGCAGGCAACAGCGUGGCAGAGGAGGUGAAGGAAAUCACCACGGGGAUCCAAGAGGAGAUUGCCCGGCUGAGGGAGGAAGCCAACAAGACGGCUGAUGGUGUCCUGGCCCUGGAGAAGGCAGUGGCCACCCUGCAGCUGGAGGCCAAGGAAGUGGAUGAAGCAUUUGAGAGGAAGCUCUCUGAGGCUGAGGCAGAUGCUGCUGCCAUAGAGAAGACAGCUCAGGAAGCUCAGAGGGUCCACGACAAGGCUGGCCAGGCAGGGGCAGCUGUGCAGCAGGUGCUGAGUGCCCUGGAGGAGCUGCUGCGGCUCAUGAACCAGCCUGGUGCUGUGGAUGAGGAUGGCCUGAGGCAGCUUGAGGAGAACUUCAGCAAAGCCCAGAGCAGAAGCAAGCAGCUGAAGAAGGAGAUGUCCGAGCUGGAGCAGACGGCUGCCCUGCAGAAGGCCCGGGUGCAGACACUGGAGAGCAGCAUCGAUGGCAUCCUGGCUGAUAUUAAGAACCUGGAGGAUAUCCAGAAGAGUCUUCCUCCAGGCUGUUACAACACAAAAGCCAUUGAAUUGCCCUGAGCCAGCUCUGGAAAGGCUGCAGCACCUGCCAGGCUGAAGGCAGGAGGGCCUCCCCAAACCUGGCAGAACUGGCUGUGUUUUACCCUUAAGAUCAGUGUGGCACGUGAAGUUCACAAUGUUCCGCUGGCCCUGGAAAAUCCCUAAGUUUUCAAAGUGCUCCGUCCCUUGCUCAUGGGAGGAAGGAGACUCCUGGUUUGUGAAGGUGCUACUGUCUGAAGAACAGCCCAUCCCUACAAUAUAUCUCUGAGUGCAGGGUUAGGUGUCAGCCUGAUGAGUUUGCACAGUUUGGACCCUGAAGCUCAUAACUGACAGGUUCCCAUCA